UCGCUUUCCACUCGUCGAAAGUUGUGCGAGUUGCGUUUGUAAUCAGCCUCGAGUGAGUGUGGAAAGGUGUUUUCCGUCUCUUUGGUUAACUUUUGCCUUUGUUUCAAAUAAGUUUUACAUAGUUUUACAUAGUUUACAUGAUGGCUUAUCAACUGACCAAGAUCGGAUCGGCUUUGUCCGGAAAUUUGAGCAAAGCUGCUCUGCGAAGCAUCAGUACCACUGGAGUUGUUUUCGAACCGCGCAAGUUGCCCGACAGAACCGGAAAGAAUGUAGUGCUGGUCGAUGGAGUCCGAACGCCUUUCCUGUUGUCCGGAACCACCUAUUCGAAGUUGAUGCCCCAUGAGCUGGCUCGACACUCUCUGCUGAGCUUGCUGCGUAAGACGAAAAUGGACAAAGAGGUCAUCGAUUACAUCGUUUACGGUACAGUCAUCCAGGAGGUGAAGACAUCGAAUAUCGCACGAGAGGCGGCGCUGUCGGCUGGUUUCAGCAACAAAACACCGGCCCACACGGUGACCAUGGCUUGUAUCAGUUCCAACCAGGCAAUCACAACCGGAAUGGGAUUGAUUGCAACCGGGACGUACGAUGCGAUUGUGGCCGGCGGUGUAGAGUUCAUGUCCGACGUUCCGAUUCGUCACAGCCGCAAGAUGCGCUCGCUGAUGUUGAGGGCAAACAAGGCGAAAACCGUUGGCCAGCGAUUGCAGCUUCUAGCUUCAAUUCGUCCCGACUUCUUCGCACCCGAGCUGCCAGCCGUAGCAGAGUUCUCCUCGGGAGAAACCAUGGGACACUCGGCCGAUCGAUUGGCCGCUUCGUUCAACGCUAGCCGUCAGGAGCAGGAUGACUAUGCUCUGCGCUCUCACACCAAGGCCAAGGAGGCACAGGAUAAGGGAUACUUCACUGACUUGGUCCCAUUCAAAGUGUCCGGUGUUGACAAGACCGUCGAUAAGGACAAUGGAAUCCGAGUGUCGACCAAGGAAGCUCUGGCCAAACUGAAGCCCGCUUUCGUCAAGCCGUACGGUACCGUGACGGCUGCGAAUGCUUCUUUCCUGACGGACGGUGCUUCCGCUUGUCUCAUCAUGACGGAAGACAAGGCGAAAGCACUUGGACUUCGUCCAAAGGCAUACCUGCGUGAUUUCCUGUACGUUUCCCAGGAUCCGAUCGAUCAGCUGUUACUUGGACCCGCCUACGGCAUUCCUAAGCUACUGAAAAAGGCCGGACUCACGCUGAAGGAUAUUGACUCUUGGGAAAUCCAUGAAGCGUUCGCUGGUCAAAUCAUCGCCAACCUGAAGGCACUCGACUCCGACUACUUCUGCAAGAACUAUCUCGGACUGAGCGAGAAGGUGGGAACGCCUGAUCUCAGCAAAUGGAACAACUGGGGUGGAUCGCUCUCGAUUGGGCAUCCAUUCGCUGCGACCGGAGUGCGCCUCUGCAUGCACACUGCUAAUCGUUUGGUGCGUGAAAACGGACAGCUUGGACUGGUGGCGGCUUGUGCUGCCGGUGGACAAGGUGUCGCCAUGUUACUCGAACGGCAUCCGGAUGCGAAUGCCGAAUAAUACCGGACAGAUAUAGAUGACGAGGGAGAAGGAAUGUACGGGACAUCAUUUAGCACGAUAAGCCUAAAGUGGGAUGCUUCACGCUAUCGCGUGGGGUUUCUGUUUGAUUUGGUGUUUGAGCACCCAUCCAUCACUUGCGCAUCGCCUUUCAAUAGUUGUGGGAGGAUCAAUUCAUUUAUAUCCGUCAUACGGUAGCAUUAUUUUAUUAUUAUUUUUUCGAAACCUGUUUAUUAAUAUGUUUAUUAUGAUUUUCAUGUUUAUAUUUACACGUCUUUAAGGGUGAUGAACCAUAGCAAUA